AGAGAAACAGAAUCUUGAAGUGAUGAAUCUAAACAUCUCUAGACAGAUCAAUGAUAUUGAAAAUGAAAAGGAAAAAUUGCACCUCAGACAAAAUGAACUAGAACAACAGGAAGCUGAGAUUCAGAAACAACAAAAGAAAAUGGACGAUUUAAGAAAUGCUAACAUGAAAGAACUGGAUGAUCUCCAGAAGAUGCACAGUAAAUUAGAUCAACAGCAAAAAAAAGUGGACGAUGAUAUUGAAUUUAUCAAGAAGGAGAAGCACAACCUUGAGAAAGACAGAGUUGAAGUAUUUGAACAGAAACAGAAAGUAGACAGAAGUCUGAGCGAUGCUGUAAAGAGCGAGAGAGAAAAUGAGCUUCUGAAGAAAGAGCUGUUGGAUGCAAAGAAAUUAAUUGAGAAUGAGAAAGAUGAGAUCCAGAAGAUAAAGGCUGAGCUAGCAAGAGACACUGAUGCUUUUGAGAAGUUAAAGCAAGAAAUGGCAGCAGAGCUCCAGAAAGAAAGGGAUAAACUUGCCACUCUAGUAGAGCUGAACAGAAAGAAGAAAGAAGAACUGGAUAUGAUGAAUGUUGAGAUAGAAAAGCAGAGACAAGUGAUUGAUUCUGAUAAGAAUAAACUUGAAAACGAAAAAGAAAAACUUGUGCAACAAGCAAAAAGGAAUACGGCUGCUCAGAGAGAACUGGAGAAAUCAAAAGAUGCUCUCGAUCAGAUGAAACUGAGUAUCUUAAGAGAAAGACAGAAUCUCGAGAGAGAAAAGUCAGGUGUGGAAGAACAGAAGCAGCUUAUAGAAAUCAGCUUCAAGGAUGCGCAGGAGAAGGAUGCAUUGAUGAAGGAUGAAUUGAAGAAGGAGGGAGAAAAAAUAGAACGCCUGAGAGAAGAAUUACUUCGUGAAAAGGAAUCAAUUGAAAGAAGCAGACAAAUACUGCAGAAAGACAUUGAUGGCGUGAAACAACAGAAAGCUAACAUGGAUAAGGAAUUAGAAGCGCUAAAUUUUCAAAGGCAAAACAUUGAAAAUGAAAGGGAUGAGCUGGAGCAAAUGAAGACUGAGUUACAAAGCAAGGCAGAGAACACUGAAAAGCUAAUGCGAGAGAGAGAAAGACUUGCACUUCAGAGGGUCCAAGAAGACAGCACUUUGGAUACAGACAAACAACAAGAAGAAUUUGAUAACAAGGUGAAAAUGCUUGAAAGCUGGGCAAAUGAGUUGGAAAAAACAAACACUGAGUUAGAAAGAAGAAAAGAAGAUCUUGAAAAACAAUGUGUGAGUGAUAUAGAGAAAGAGAGAGAUACAGCUGAAGAUAGUAAGCUGAGCCUGCUUCAACAAGUGAAUGAAAUAGAAAAGGAAAAGAAUCUCAUUGAAGUUAAAAAGAAUGAGUUACAACUCUUACAAAGAGAAAUGCAAAAACAAAAAGAAGAGAUGAUUAAAGAGGAGGAAAGAAUACAAAAAGAAAGAAUAAGACUACAGAGAGAGAGGGAAGAAUGUGUAAAGAUGAGAAAAGAGUCAAAGAAUGAAAUGGACAAGAUCCACAACCUAAAGCUAGAGUUACAAAAUCAGACUGAAGCAAAUGAGGAAAAAGUGAAAGCAAUUAUGAGAGAAAUGAACAAGCUUGAAGAGGCAAAGGCUCUGCUGCAGAAAGAGACCAAGGAGAUUCAAAGAAAAGAAGCAGAGACAAAAACUGACAGAGAAAAGCUGGAGCAGAUGAAGUCUGACAUUUUGAUCCAGAGGGCAGGUCUUGACACCAGGAGACAAGAAAUUGAAUUGGAAAUGGAAGAACUUGCUCGUGUCCGAAAUGAAAUAGAGAAGCAGAAUAAGGAACUAGAGGACAAGAUGCAAAAAACAAAACGUGAGAUGGGAGAAAUGAUGCUUAUGAAGCUUGAAAUUGAUGGAAGCAAGAAAGACCUUGAUCAGAGGAUGAGACAGGCCACAAGAAGACGAGAUGAAGUGGAAAAAAUAAGGGCAGAAAUUGAGAGUGCUAGAAAAGAACUCAGAAAAGAAAGAGACAUGGUCAAUAAGGAAAAGCAAGAGGUAGAACAAAUAAAAGCUGAUUUACAAAAGGCAAGAGAGACGUUUCAGCUCAGCAUGGUGGAGAGUGACAUAGAUUUGGGGGAAAAGGAGCAAAUAGACACAGAAUUACAGAGGUUAGCUCAAGAAAUUGAAAGAGCUAUGUAUGUAGUGCAGAAGACCAAGCAUGACAUGGAAAUCAAGAGUAAGAGCACAGAAAUGAAGGCAGAUGAAAUGCAGCAAAUGAAUGCUGAGCUGCAGAAGCUGAUUCAAGAAAUGGAACACAUAAGAAUGAUUUUGAAGAGAAUAAAUAAUGAGGUCAAAACAGUGAGAAAGCAAAAGGAAGAACUUGCAAACUUGAGGCAUGACAUCGAGGUGCAGACGCAUCAAAUGAAUGAAGCCUUUGAGCAGCAGGCAAAUGAGUUACAAAAAGCAAAAGAGCAGAUGGAAAACAAAAUAAGAACAGAGAUGGAGCAAAACAGGGCUGAUCUGGAGAGACAAAGACAAGAUAUAGAACUUGAAAAACAAAAAAUCUAUGAGGAGAAUCAAAUGCUAGAAAAAGAUAAGGCUGAUGCACAGAUAAAAUCCGAAAUCCUAGACAGCCUCUUAGAGGAGGCAACAGUAGAGAUGGAAAAAGCAAUGAAACUAAGAUCAACAACUGCGAGCGAGAUGGGAAUUGAGAGUGAUGAGAUUAAAAUGUUAGAUUCAGAGAGGAUACAGACAGGAAUGGAAAGAUUAGACAUAGACGAUGUUAAAGAUGCAACUUUUGUUGCAGAGCCAGAAGACAGUGAGUAUGACAUGGAACAGGCCAAGACAGAAAUGGAAAAACUGGCACAGGUAAAGGCUGAGUUACAGAGACAGAUAGUGGAACUUGAGGACAUUAAAGCAGACGCAAAACUUAGAAGGGAUGAGGUAAAACAAACUAAGUCUGAGAUACUGAAGCAAAAGGAAGAUGCUGAAAGGCAACAAGCACCAUUUUCAGAUCAGGAAAUGGAAGAUAUUAAGAGGCAGAAAGAAGAAUUGGAGGACAGGAUUCAAAGGACAGCACGUGAGAUGAGAGAGCUGGAACUGAUGAGGUCUGAGAUUUCCAUGGAGAAGAAAGAGCUGGACCAGAAAAUGAGACAGGUUAUGAGGAGAAAGGAUGAGAUGGAAAGGAUGAAGACGGAGAUGGAAGAAGCCAGGGAAGGAUUAGAAAGGGAUAAAGAGAUGAUUGAACGAAAGAGUUAUGAAUUGGAACAGAUGAGAGAUGAAAUUCGAAGAGCAAGAGAUGAAUUCCAGCUCUUAAUGGAGAAGGACAGCGAUCUAGAAGAUGAGUCAGAAACAAAUGCACGUAUACAGAGACUGAUCUUAGAGGUUGUGAGGAUCAGAAACAUGGUGCAGAAUUUGAAAGAUUACAUGGAACAGAGGACGGAGGACAGCAAAACUGAGACAGAGGAAAGAGAGAAAGUGAAAUCUGAGAUCAAAUGGUUGAUUCAAGAAAUCGGACAAAUAAGAGAAGCUCUUGGGAAGAUAAAAGAAGAAAUCGAAACCACUAGGAGAGAGAGGAAUGAGGCGGAGAUGGCGAGGGCAGAAUCUGAUAAACAGAAGCAACAAGUAGAGAUCACAAGAGCAAGACUGCAGCAAGAGAGGGAUGAGUUGGAACAACUAAGAGAUGAAAUAAAUAAACAAAAGGAGCAUAUGGAAAAGAACAAGGAAUUACUGAAGAUGAAGAUUGCAGAAGAUUCAGCAAAGGAUCUGGAGGAUACAGACACAAUAGGAGUGCAGUUACAAAAGCAAAAAGAAGAACUUGUCAGAGUCACUGAAGAACUCCAGAAGUGUAAGAAUGAACUAGCACUGGUGCUGAGAGAUACACACAGCCAGAAGGAAACUGCCAAAGAGUUGAAAGACAUUAUCAAAAAGAAGAAGAAUGAGCUUGACGAGAUAACUUCAGAACUACAGAGGGGAAAACAAAUGCUUAAAGAGCAGAAAUAUGAUACAGAAAAGGGGAGAAGGAUUAUAGAGGAGAUGAAGAAAAAGCAGGAAACCCUUGAACAAAUGAAUGUUGAUGUAAUAAGAAAGAAGGAAAUGAUGGAAAAAGAGAAAGAAAAGAUUAGACUUGAAAAGCAAGAACUGGACAUUAUGAAAGCUGACAUACAAAAACAGAAAGAUGAUGUGGAGUUACUAAGAAAUGGUGUAGUUCUGGAGAGGAAUCAACUACAACAGGUCCAAGAUGAAAUUGACAAACAAAAGAAAGAACUGAGUGAUAAGACUGAGGCUACUGCAGCAGAAUGGAGAAACCUGGAAAAGAUAAAGUCUGAAGUUGACGGUUUGAAAGAUGAACUGGAGAAGACGUUCAAAGAGAGGACACGAUCAGAAAGGGAAAAGUUAGAGGAGCUAAGAUGUGAAAUAAUCAGAGAAAAACAGGAAGCUGAAAAGAUGAAGGAACUGGUCAGCAGGGACAGAGAAGAAUUAAAUCAAAAUAAAGCCAGUUUGGAAUUAAAAAUAAAAGAAAUCAACAUAUUAAAAGACAACAUUCAAAGGGAGAAGAUGGAACUGGAAAAGACCAACAGUGAGCUUCAGAUGAGACAUAAGACCAUUGAGAUUAUCAAGCAGGAAGCACAAAAAGAAAGGGAUCAAGCUGAAGGCAUGGCACUGAAACUUCAACAGGAAAAGGAACACAUUGAAAAUGCAAUUGUAGAAAUUACAGAUAAGAGAAAAGACUUGGAUGGAAUGAUUAAAGAAGUUCAACAUGAAAGAAAUCAGCUGGACGAUGAUAAGGCUAUGCAUGAAAAGGAGAAGGCUGAGCAUCAAAUUAAAAAGAGUGAGUUGGAGAGAGAAAGUGAAGACCUGGAGAACAAGAUCAUAAAGCUUAGAGAGAUGAAUAACAUCAUGAGGAAUGAGAUUCAGGUGGAGAGAACCAGUCUACAGCAGAUGCGGGCAGACAUUGUAAAUGAAAGAAAUGCCCUUGAAAAAGAAAAGGAACACAUGGACUUCCAAAGGCAGGAACUGCUGGCACUGCAAAUAACAUUACAAAAACAGGAGAAAGAGCAAUAUAAGGUUCUUCUUGAAGAAACUCAGAGAAAGAGAGAUGAACUGGAGAAGACAGCUGCGGAGAUAGCAAAGCAAAAUGAAGACAUUGAGAUGAAGAAAGCCCUUCUUGAGAAGGAGAAAAAGGACACUGAAGGCAAAUGGUUGGAGUUACAGAGGAGAGGUGAGGAGCUGGAACUGCUGAUUACAAAACAGAAGGAAAGGGAGGACACAGAUAAGAGGGCAAUGGAAGAAGAGAGAAAAGAACUGGAGAAAGAAGCUGCAGAAAUAACAAGGCAAAAAGAAGAGACAGAAGAAGAAAAGGAGAACAUGGUGAAAAAGCAGAAAGAACUAGACAUUCUGAAAGAGAAAAUACACAAAGAAAAGGAUGAAAUUGAGGAAGUCAGAAAUAAGAUGAUGACUGCUGAACUUUUACUUGAGCAAAAAGAGACUAAAAUGAAUAAACAAAAGCAGAUUCUGGAGGACAGUCUGAGGAAGGUGACGGAGGAGAGAAGUGAUCUGGAUAAGAUGAGAAAGGAACUAGAAGCUCAAACUCAACAAAUGGAAGACAUCAGAGAGAAAAUGAAACAGGAGAGAGAUGAAGUAAAUCGUCUGAUGAAUGAAAUCCAAACAGAGAAGAAAGAUGUGGAAAAUGAAAAGUACAUUACAAAUAAUUUGAAGAAUGAGUUGGAACAAAUGAAAGACAACUUAGACGCAACAUAUGAUGAGAUUGUGCUGGAAAAACAAAAGAUAGAAAAUGAGAGAAAAGCCAUUGAACAGUCAAAGGCAGCUAUACAGAGAGAAGUUGAGGACAUGAAGAAUGCAGUGGAGAAGGUCAGCAUGAACAGAGAAAAAAUACAUGAAACUGAGUCUGAACUAAAAAAGGAGAAAGAGCACUAUAAUGUUCUUCUUGAAGAAACUCAGAGAAAGAGAGAUAAACUGGAGAAGACAGCUGCAGAGAUAGCAAAGCAAAAUGAAGACAUUGAGAUGAAGAAAGCCCUUCUUGAGAAGGAGAAAAGGGACACUGAAGGCAAAUGGUUGGAGUUACAGAGGAGAAGUGAGGAGCUGGAAUUGCAGAUUACAAAACAGAAGGAAAAGGAGGACACAGAUAAGAGGGCAAUGGAAGAAGAGAGAAAAGAACUGGAGAAAGAAGCUGCAGAAAUAACAAGGCAAAAAGAAGAGACAGAAGAAGAAAAGGACAACAUGGUGAAGAAGCAGAAAGAACUAGACAUUCUGAAAGAGCAAAUACACAAGGAAAAGGAUGAAAUGGAGGACGUCAGAAAUAAGAUGAUGACUGCUGAACUUUUACUUGAGCAAAGAGAGACUAAAAUGAAUGAACAAAAGCAGAUUCUGGAGGACAGUUUGAGGAAGGUGAUGGAGGAGAGAAGUGAUCUGGAUAAGAUGAGAAUGGAAGUAGAAGCUCAAACUCAACAAACGGAAGACAUCAGAGAGAAAAUGAAACAGGAGAGAGAGGAACUUGAUCAACUGAUAAAUGAAAUAGAAAUGGAGAAAAAAGACAUGGAAAUGGAAAAAUAUGUUACAAAUAAUUUGAAGAAUGAGUUGGAACAAAUGAAAGUCAACUUAGAGGUACAAUUUCUUGAGAUGGAGCAUGAAAAACAAAACACUGAGAAUGAGAGAAAAGCCAUCGAACAGUCAAAGGCAGCUAUGCAGAGAGAAGAUGAGGACCUGAAGAAUGAACUGGAGAAGGUCAGCAUGGACAGGCGGAAACUGAAUGAGAUGGAGACUGAACUACAAACAGAGAAAGAGCAAUAUAAGGUUCUUCUUGAAGAAACUCAGAGAAAGAGAGCUGAACUGGAGAAGACAGCUGUGGAGAUAGCAAAGCAAAAUGAAGACAUUGAGAUGAAGAAAGUCCUUCUUGAGAAGGAGAAAAAGGACACUGAAGGCAAAUGGUUGGAGUUACAGAGGAGAGGUGAGGAGCUGGAACUGCUGAUUACAAAACAAAAGGAAAGGGAGGACAUGGACAAGAUGGCAAUGGAAGAAGAAAGAAAAGAACUGAAGAAAGAAGCUGCAGAAAUAAUAAGACAAAAAGAAGAGAUAGAAAAAGAAAAGGAGAACAUUGUGAAAAAGCAGAAAGAACUAGACAUUCUGAAAGAGAAAAUACACAAAGAAAAGGAUGAAAUUGAGGAAGUCAGAAAUAAGAUGAUGACUGCUGAACUUUUACUUGAGCAAAGAGAGACUAAAAUGAAUGAAGAAAAGCAGAUUCUGGAGGACAGUCUGAGGAAGGUGAUGGAGGAGAGAAGUGAUCUGGAUAAGAUGAGAAUGGAACUAGAAGCUCAAACUCAACAAAUGGAAGACAACAUCAGAGAGAAGAUGAAACAGGAGAGAGAGAAAUUCGAUCAACUGAUGAAUGAAAUAGAAAUGGAGAAGAAAUACAUUACAGAUAAAUUGAGGAAUGAGUUAGAACAAAUGAAAAGCAACUUAGAGGUACAAGUUCUUGAGACUGAGCUUGAAAAACAAAACACUGAGAAUGAGAGAAAAGCCUUUGAGCAGUUAAAAGCAGCUAUGCAGAGAGAAGUUGAGGACCUGAAGAAUGAACUGGAGAAGGUCAGCAUGGACAGGCAGAAACUGAAUGAGAUGGAGACUGAACUACAAACAGAGAAAGAGCAAUAUAAGGUUCUUCAUGAAGAAACUCAGAGAAAGAGAGAUGAACUGGAGAAGACAGCUGCAGAGAUAGCAAAGCAAAAUGAAGACAUUGAGAUGAAGAAAGCCCUUCUUGAGAAAGAGAAAAAGGACACUGAAGGCAAAUGGUUGGAGUUACAGAGGAGAAGUGAGGAGCUGGAAUUGCAGAUGACAAAACACAAGGAAAUGCAGAUGAUGGUCAAGGCAGCAAUGGAAGAAGAGAGAAAAGCACUAGAAAAAGAAAUGAAUGAAAUAAGAAGGCAGAAAGAAGAGGCAGAAAAUGAAAAAAGUGACGCUGUGAAGAAGGUGAAAGACUUAGACAUACUAAAAGAACAAAUGCAUCGAGAAAAGAAUGAAAUGGAGGAAGUCAAAACAAAGAUGAUGACUGCUGAAGUUCUACUUGGCCAGAGAGAGGCUGAAAUAAACCAACAAAAGCAGAUUCUGGAGGACAGUUUGAUUAAGAUGAUGGAGGAGAGAAGUGAUCUGGAUAAGAUGAGAAUGGAACUGGAAGCUCAAACUCAACAAAUAGAAGACAUCAGAGAGAAAAUGAAACAGGAGCGAGAGGAACUUGAUCAAUUGAUGAAGGAAAUCCAAAUGGAGAAGAAAGACAUAGAAAAUGAAAAAUACAUUACAAAUAAUUUGAAGACUGAAUUAGAACAAAUGAAAAGCAACUUAGAGGUAAAAUAUGGUGAGAUUGAGCUUGAAAAACAAAAGACAGAAAAUGAGAGAAAAGCACUGGAACAAUCAAAGGUGUCAAUACAGAGAGAAUCUGAGGUCAUGAUGGAUGUAGUGGAGAAAGCCAGCAUGGACAGACAAAAACUGAAUGAAGCUAUGAAGGAACUAGAAAAAGAAAAGGAUCAAUACAAGAUUCUUGUUGGAGAAAUUCAGAGAAAGAGAGAUGAAGUGGAAAAGAUGUCUGCAGAGAUGGCAAAGCAAAAUGAAGAUUUUGAGGCAAAGAAAGCCCUGCUUGAGAAAGAGAAGAAUGACAUUGAAAGCAAAUGGUUGGAGUUACAGAGGAGAGGUGAAGAACCAGAACUGCAGAUGACAAAACACGAGGAAAAGGAGGACAUGGAUAAGAUCGCUGUAGAAGAAGAAAGAGCACUGAAAAAAGAAGUUACAGAAAUACAAGGACAGAAAAAAGAGGCAGAAAAUGAAAAGCUACAUAUGAUGAAGAAGGAGAAAGAACUCAGCAUUCUGCAAGAGCAAAUACAAAAAGAGAAAGAAGAAAUAGAGAAAAUCAAAAGCAAGGUGAUGACCGACAAACGUUCACUUGAUCAAAGAGAGACCGAAAUAAAUAAGAGAAAGCAAAUUCUAGAGGAUAGUUUGAGGAAGGUGAUGGAGGACAGAAGUGAUCUGGAUAAGAUGAGAACGGAACUGGAAUCUCAAACUCAACAACUGGAAGACACCAGAGAGAAAACGAAGCAGGAAAGAGAGGAACUUGAUCAAUUAAUGCAUGAAAUACAAAAGGAGAAGAAAGACACCGAAAAUGAUAAGUAUGUUACAAAUAAUUUGAAGAAUGAGUUAGAACAAAUGAAAGCUGACUUCAAGGUAAAAUAUGAUGAGAUUGAGCUUGACAAACAAAAGAUAGAGAGCGAGAGGAAAACCUUUGAGCAAUUAAAGUCCGCUAUGCAGAGAGACAUUGAGGAUAUGAAGAGUGCUUUAGCCAAAGCCCAAAUUGACAGACAAAAAAUAGAUGACAUUGAAACUGAACUAGGAAAAGAGAAAGAGCAUUAUAAGUUCCUUGCUGAAGAAACACAGAGAAAGAGAGAUGAACUGGAGAAGAUGACUGCAGAGAUAGCAAAGCAAAACGAAGACAUUGAAACAAAGAAAGCCCUUCUUGAGAAAGAGAAAAAUGACAUUAAAAGCAAAUGGUUGGACUUACAGAAGAGGGGUGAGCAGCUGGAAUCACAGAUUACAAAACACAAGGAAGUGCAGGACAUGGGCACAAUGGCAGUGGAAGAAGAGCGAAAAGAGCCAGAAAAAGAAAUUCAAAAAGAAGAGGGCGAAAAAGAAAAAGAUGACGUUAUGGAGAAGUGGAACGACUUAAACAUCCUAAAAGAACAAAUACAAAAAGAAAGGAAUGAAAUGGAGGAAGUAAAAAACAAAAUGAUGACUGCUGAACUUUUACUUGAGCAAAGAGAGGCUAAAAUGAAUGAACAAAAGCAGAUUCUGGAGGACAGUCUGCAGAAGUUGAUGGAGGAGAGAAGUGAUCUGGAUAAGAUGAGAAAGGAACUGGAAACUCAAAAGCAACAAAUAGAAGACAACAUCAGAGAGAAAAUGCAACAGGAGAGAGAAGAACUUGAUCAAUUAAUGCAUAAAAUACAAAUGGAGAAGAAAGACAUGGAAAAUGAGAAGUAUGCUACAAGUAAAUUGAAGAAUGAGUUAGAACAAAUGAAAACUGACCUCGAGGUAAAAUAUGGUGAGAUUGAGCUUGAAGAACAAAAGAUAGAAAGUGAGAGAAGAGCUUUUGAACAGUCAAAGGCAGCUAUGCAGAGAGACAUUGAGGACAUGAAGAAUGCUUUGGAGAAGGCGAGCGUGGACAGGCAAAAAUUAGACGAAACUGACACUGAAGUGAAAGCAGAGAAAGAUCAUUAUAACAUGCUUCUUGAAGAAACACAGAGGAAAAGAGAUGAACUGGAGAAGAUGACUGCCAAGAUAUCAGAGCAAAAGGAAGACAAUGAGAAAAAGAAAGCGCUGCUUCAGAAAGAGAAAAAUGACUUUGAAAGCAAAAAGAUGGAGUUAGAGAGGAGAGUUGAGGAGCUGGAACUGCAGAUUAAAAACCAGAAGGAAAAGGAGGACAUGAACAAGAUGGCAAUGGAGGAUGAGAGGAAAGCUAUAGAAAAAGAAAUGACAGAAAUAACAAGACAGAAAAAAGAAGCAGAAAAAGAAAAAGAAGACAUGGUGAAAAGGCAGGAAGAACUAAGCUUUCUAGAAGAGCAAAUACAAAAGGAGAAAGACAAAAUAGAGAAAGUCAAAAAUAAGGUGAUGACUGACAAACUUUUACUUGAUGAAAGAGAGGCUGAAUUACACCAACAAAAGCGAAUUCUGGAGGACAGUUUGAUUAAGAUGAUAGAGGAGAGAAGUGAUUUGGAUAAGAAGAGAAUGGAACUGGAAGCUCAAACUCAACAAAUGGAAGGAAUCAGAGAGAAAAUGAAACAGGAGAGAGAGGAACUUGAUCAGUUGAUGAAUGAAAUACAGAUGGAGAAGAAAGACAUGGAAAAUGAAAGGCACAUCACAAAUAAUUUGAAGAAUGAGUUGGAACAAAUGAAAGGCAACUUAGAGAUAAAAUAUAGUGAGAUUGAGCUUGAAAAACAAAAGAUAGAGAAUGAGAGAAAUGUUUUUGAACAGUCAAAUGCAGCUCUGCAGAAGGAAGUUAAUGACCUAAAGAAUGUUCUAGAGAAAGUCAGCCUGGGCAGGCAAAAAUUGAAUGAGACUAUGAUGGAACUAGAAACAGAGAAAGAGCAAUAUAAGGCUCUUGUUGAAGACAGUCAGAGCAAGAGAGAUGAAAUGGAGAAGACUGCUGCAGCACUAGCAAAGCAGAGUGAAGAUACUGAGGCAAAGAAAGCCCUUCUUGAGAAAGAGAAGAAUGACAUUGAAAGCAAAUUUUUGGAGUUACAGAGGAGAAGUGAGGAGCUGGAAUUGCAGAUUAAAAACCAGAAGGAAAAGGAGGACAUGGACAAGACGGAACUGGAAGAAGAGAUAAAAGAACUGAAAAAAGAAAUUACUGCGAUAAGGAAGCAGAAAGAAGAGGCUGAAAAAGAACCAGAAGACGUGGUGAGGAGGCAGAAAGAACUAGACAUUCUAGAAGAGCAAAUACACAAGGAGAAAGACGAAAUAGAAAAAGUCAAAGACAAGAUGAUGACUGACAAAGUUUUACUCGAUCAAAGAGAGACUGAGUUAAACCAACAAAAGCAAAUUGUGGAGGACAGUUUGAAGAGGAUGAAGGAGGAGAAAAGUGAUUUGGAUAAGAUGAGAGUGGAGCUUGAAGCUCAAACUCAACAGAUGGAGGAUAACAUCAGAGAGAGGAACAAGGAAAUAAUGGAGCACCUAACAUCAGAACUCAAGGAAAUGAGAGCUAAACUGGAUUUAGAACAAGAGGAAUUUGAAGCUGAAAAACAAAAAGUACACAACGAGUGGAGAGAUCUUGAGCAGUCAAAGGCAGAGACACAGAGAAUGGCUGAGGAGCUCAAGAAUGUUCUAGAGCAGACAAAGAGGGAGAAGGAAAAGGUGGAGGAGAUGAAGACUCAACUUCAAACAGCAAAAGAGGACAAAGAUGGUGUUUCUGAUGAGAUAACAAAGAAAGAACUUGAACUGGAGAGGAUUAUUGCUGAGACAGAGAACAAAAAUGCCCUUCUUGAGAAAGAGAAAAAUGACAUAGAAAGGAAAUGGUUGGAGUUACAGAGUAGAUGUGAGGAGCUAGAACUGCAGAUUAAAAACCAGAAGGAAAAGGAGGACAUGAACAAGAUGGCGAUGGAAAAUGAGAGGAAAGCUUUAGAAAAAGAAAUGACAGAAAUAACAAGACAGAAAAAAGAAGCAGAAAAAGAUAAAGAAGACAUAGAAAGCAAACUGUCUGACUUAAAGAGCGAAAAUGAAGAGUUGGAACUGCAGCUUAAAAAAUACAGGGAAAUGGAACACAUAGACUGGGUGGCAAUAGAUAAAGAGAGAAAAACAUUUGAAAAGGAAAUGAUUGAGCUAAUGAAAAAGAAAGAUGAUAUGGAAAAAGGAAAAAGAAUGUAUAGAGACAAACUGUAUGAGUUGAAGUCUCUGCAAGAAGAAACAGAAAAACAGAGGAAUGAAACUGAAAAAAUUAAAAAUGAGCUGAUGGACAUGAAAUCACAACUUGACUCAAGAGAGACUGAAAUAAACAACCAGGAGCAAAGAUUGAAUGACAGUUUGAAAAGGAUGAUGGAGGAGAGGAGCGAACUGGAUAAGAUGAGGACUGCACUUGAAGCUGAACAGCAACAGAUGGAGCAAAUCGUCAGUGAGAAAGUAAAAAUGGAAAGUGAGAAACUUAAUCAGUUGAUGAAUGAAAUACAAACAGAAAAGCAGGACAUAGAAAACAAUAAGGAGAUGAUGCACAAUGUAAAGAAAGAACUGGACAAACAACAAGAAGAGAUCAAGCUCCUUAAAGAGGAAACAAACAAGAAAAUACAGAAGCUUGAACAGCUUGAACUUGAUAUUCAACAAAAGGAAAAUAAGAUGGUCUUUCAACAAAAACAGCUGCAAAGAGAAAGAGAAGACCUUGAUAAAAUCUUGCUGGUCAUGCAAAAGGAAAGUGAAGAAAAUGAGAGACAGAAAAGGGCUUUAGAAAUCCAGAGAGAAGAAUUCAAACAGGUACAGCCUGAAAAGGAAUUAACUCUGAUUCUUGAUACAGAACUAGUUGCUUCAGCUGUGCAGAUACCUGUAAUGGUGCAAAGUGACACAAAAGACAUUCAAGACAAACGGACAAAAAUUACAGACAUACAGAUGGAGCAAGACAAGCCGGAGGAACAAGAUCAUCGUGUGGAGAUUAUAACAACACAGCUAACCAAGCUGAAACAAAGAGAAGGCGAGCUAACCCAAAUCAAAGAUGAACUUGAAAAAAGAAUAAGUAAUUUGAGGGAAGAGGAGAAAACUGUGGCUUUGGAGAUACUGAGGCAGAGAGAGAACUUGGUCCAGAUAGAAGCAGAGACGUACAGAGUGAAAGAGGAACUAAACACUCAAAAGGAAUUACUACACGACACGCAAGCUGAACUGGACCAAAUCAAAGUUGAAAUCCAAAGACAAAAAGAUCUAAUGGCAAGCACUGAUGUUGGCAAAGACAUAACACCAAUUGAAAUGCGGCAGGAGAAGAUUAAAGUAGACAUUCAGACACAAACGAGUGAAGACAUUGAGGUAACACCAAGAGUACCAUCUCCUGUGGCGAUAAGGGAAAAAGAUCCAGUAAUUGUUGCAGAACAACUUGCAAAGGAUGAGACUGAUAACCUUUUACAGUCCUUCAAGAUGGAGAAGGAAAAACCUGACAUGACCAAGAUGGAGAUAGAAGAUAUGAAACAAAUCAUCGAGCGAGAGAGGACUGAACUAAAGCAAUAUAAAGCAGAACUGGAGAGACAACAAGAGGAGAUAUAUGCAUACAAACAAAAUAUAGAGAAUGAGAAGACAGAAUUAGAAAUGACAAAGGAUAAGAUGACAAAAGCCAUGGAAAGCAUGACAGAUGAGACAAAGAAGACAAAGGAGAAGUUAGAAGAAUUGCAACUCCAGUUUCAGAGACAGAAGAUGGACUUGGAAAUGAUCAUAGAUGAGAUCAGGAAGAAGAGAGAAGAACUGGAUUUGAUCAAUACGGAGAUACAGAGAGUGAGACAACAGAUGGACAUGGAAUCCAGCAAAGAAAUAAGUACUGAGCAAAUCAAGAUUAGUCUAUAUAAAGACACAGAAAUUGCAAAAGACAGACUUGAAGACACUAAAGAUGAGAUGCAGAAAGAGCAGGAAGAACUGAAGAUCAAGGAGGAGACUGUGCAUCCUGUUGAAAAAGAUGCCAUGGAAGAGGAUAAAGAAGUACUCACAUCCACACCAGAGCACCUGAGGAUGAAGUCUGAUACAGUUAAGGAAGUGGCAUUAGAUGGUGAUGGUUACAGAAAGAGUAAGGAUGAGACACAACGUCAGAUAGAAGAAUUGAACAAUCUAAUGGAAGCACUAAAGACUAAAGAAGAACAUCUACAAAACAUAAAGUCUGACCUUCACAGAGAACGAGUGGAGAUCAACAGUAUCAGAGAAGCACUGCGUACAGAGAGAGAUGAAUUGAAGCAAAUGAAUCUUGAUAUGGAUAGACAAAAGGAAGAGUUACAGCAUGUCCAACAAAACAUACAAAAUGAGAGAAGUGAACUAGAAUCCAGGGUCAAAAGCACUGAGGACACAGAGAACAUCAUAAUGGAGCUUAUUAGAGAGAAAGAGAGAGUUGAAGAAAUGGUGGCUCAACUUACCAAAGAGCAGAAAGAAUUCAGAAACAUUGUAGAUGAGACAAAUCAGAAGAGGAUUGAAUUAGAACUGAUUGAUAAGGAACUUCAGACCAAAAUGGAAGAAAUGAAGCACAGCAUUGCUCUAAAAGGUCAGGAGUUGGAUGACAUUAGAAAUAGAACAGAGAUUGAAAACCAACAACUGCAGAGCAAAACAGCAGAGCUUGAACAUAUGAAAACUGUGCUGUUAAAUGAAAAAGAAGAAAUUGAAAAUGUGAAGGCACUGUUAGAGAAAGAGAGACACCACCUGAAACAAAUGAAGGAGGAAAUAGAGACACAAAGACAAGACAUCAAAAUGACGACCAAAAGUGAGCAAAGAGAUGAUAUGGACCAAACCAGGACUGCACAGGAGAAAGAUGGAAUUGUACCGAUAACUGUGGUUGAAGAGAAAGAGCAAUCUAUAGACGAAAAGGACACGGCUGAACUGAGAAAGGAUGAGGCAGUGCACUUAAUGGAGUUGUUGAGAAAUGAGAAAGAGCAAAUACACAAGAUUAAGGCUGAACUUGUAAAAAGUCAGAAGGAAAUUGAGAACAUGAAGGCACUGACAGAAAGAGAACGGGAGAAGUUUGAAGUGGAAAAGGCUGAAGCACAGCAACAGAUAGAGCAUAUGGAAAGUAGUUUGGAAGAUUCCAAAAAGGACAAUGAAAGAGCAAAAGACAUGAUUAAUCAACUUCAAGAGGAAAGAAUGAACAGUGAGGCAAAUCUUGAAGAAGCAAAGAUAAAGAUUGACAACUUGAAGCUCAUGAAUGAUGAUUUGGAGAGCAAGAAAACAGAAUUAGAGAACCACAACCAGCUCCUCAAAGAGCAGAAGAGGGAUUUGGAAAUUAAGUUGCAAGAGUUACAAAAAGCUGAUAAAAUGGACAUUAGUUUGAAAAUACAAGGAGAAAAGGACAAGAUAGAGAGGGGAGACAGACAACAAGAGGCUCUAGAGGAGGCUAGAAGAGAACUUAAGAUUCAGAAAGAGGAAACUGACAAAGAAGCUACAGACUUAAAAAUCAAAACAGAUGAAUUAAUGAUCCUUCAAGAAGAAAUGAAAAAACAAAGGAAUAUCAUUGAAGAACUGAGGGCCGCCAUGACUGUGGAGAGAAGUGAGCUUGAUGAGAAGAGGGAUGAAUUAAAUAAACAAAAGCAAUAUAUGGACGACAUGGUGAAAGCCUCAAAGAGAGAGUUGGAAGAGGCACGUGCUGAAAUUGAAAUGCAGAAACAGCAAAUAAAUGAACAUAUCAAGCAAGCUGUUAAAAGUGAGAGGGAUGAACUUGAAAAUCUCCAGAAUUACCUACUGAAAGAGAAGAGGGAUGUUGAAAGUACAAAGGGAAAGAUAAGCAAAGAAAUGGAGGACAUUGAUAAAAUUCGAACCCAGUUAGACAACCAAAUAGGAGAGAUGGAAGCUGAGAAACAGAUGCUAAGAAACAGAGAGAAUGACCUUAAAGAGGCUCAGUCUGAGCUACAAAAUAAGACAAAUGACGUAGAGAAACUCAUGGAAGAAGUAAGGAAAGAGAGGGAGAAACUAGAGAUGGUGGUUGCUGAACAGCAAAAGGAGAAGGAGGAGCUUGAGUUUAUCAUUGGGGAGACCAAGAAGAAACAAAAAUACCUAGAAGAUGAGCUAGAAAGCCAACUACAAGAUGUGAAGAACACCAAGGACAUGCUUGCAAAGGAGAAACAUGAUCUGGAUCAAAUGAAGGUGGAAAUACAGAGAACACGAGAUGGGCUAGAUAAUAUUUUAACAAAGCAGCAAGAAGAAUUUCAGUCCAGGGAGAAUGACAUCCAAAGAGAAAAAGCAACUCUAAAGAAGAUGAAGGCUGACUUAGAAAGGCAAACCAGUGAAAUAAACUGUGAGAAAGAGGAUAUGAACAUCAAGAGAAACAGACUUGAGCACUGGGAAGCAGAACUACAGAAACAGCAGUCUGAGAUUGAGGUAUUUAAGAACACUAUGAUAGCUGAGAAAGUUCAACUAGAGAGAACACAGGCAGACAUACAACAGCGUCAAUAUGAGAUGAACAACAUUUUGGAAGAAACCAGAAAAGAGAGGUAUGCAGUUGAGCAGGUGAAGCAUGAAACUGAACAGAGAAGAAAGGAGAUUGAGAGCAUGAUGCAUGAAACUCUGAGAAUAGAAAAAGGUGAAUGGGAUCAGUUACAAAGUGAGUUACGACAAGAGAAGAAAGAAAUUGAGAAAGACAAGCAGACGCUGAAAACGUUAAUGGAUGAGCUUCAACAAAAACGAUCUGAUUUAGAUAAAGAGGAGGAGAGGAUUAAACUGGACAGACAAAACAUUCAAAAGGAGGCAGACAGCUUGGAGCAAAUGAAAGCAGAAAUGCAAAGAAAAGCUGAGAAUAUUGAGAAAUAUAUGAAAGAGACACAGACAGAGAAGCUGAGAGUGGAAGAAAUGGGUGCUCUCCUCAAUAAAGAAAGAGAAGACUUUCAGAGGAUUAUCGAGGAGACCAAAAGGCACGAGGUGGAAACACAAAGAAUGCAAGCUGAGUUAAGAAGACAGAAACAAGAGCUUGAAGUCAGCAUGCAGUUGCUUCGGGGUGAAAAGAAUGAGCUGGACAAGAGUAAAACAGACUUUGAGACACUGAAGGAGAAUCUGGAAAAGCAGAUAACAGAACAGAGGGAAAAGGAUAUUUUGGCAAAGACAGAAUUACAACACCAAAGAGAGGUUUUGGAACAGCUAAACACUGAUAUAAUGAUGCAAAAAGAUAUUAUGGAACAGGAAAAGAGGAAAACAAGACUCAGGGAACAUGAAAUAGAAACCAAUCAGAAAAAGCUGGAAGAACAGCAGAGGGAAAUUGAGGACUUUAAAGGUACUAUGAUGCUGGAAAAAACUCAUCUUGAGAAGAGACAGCAAGACCUGGAUAACAUGGCAGAGCAAAUGAGAAAGGAGAGAAAUAAUCUAGAGACCAUGAAAAAUGAAAUUGAAGAAAAAACACAUGAAUUAAAUGAAAAAAUUCAAGAAAUAGCAAAAGAGAAACGUGAAGUGGAAACAACUAAGGCUGAAAUAAAAAGACAAACUAAGACUAUGGAGAAAGCCACGGAGGAGACAAUGAAGGAAAGUGAGAGGGUGGCAGAAUUUGCACCCCAGCUUGGAAAGGAAAGAGAAGAGCUUGAGAACAUCACCAGAGAAGUACAGAAGAAAAAGGCAUAUCUAGAUCAACUGAAUGCUGAGAUACAAAGAUGCCAACAUGAAAUGGUAAAUAAGAAAGACCAAUAUGAGAAAGAGAUCAGUAUGAUGCAACAGAAGCAAGCUGACUUACAGAGAGAGGUGGAUGAGUUAGAAGCCAAGUCAAAACAACUGAGGAAAGAGACUGAGAAGACAAUGCCAGAAAAAGUUGACGAACAACUGCUCAGAAGCGAAACUAAGGAAGAGGAAAGGGAUGUAGGACAAAUGGAAUGGAGAAAACGAGAACUAGAGCUAUUGCAAGCACAGCUCCAUAAACAAAGAGAUGAACUGCUAGACCUACAGAACAUAGUCACAAAGGAGAAGAAUGAACUCAAAACAAGGCAGAUUGAGAUAAGUCAAAAGCAGCAAGAGGUGGAUGAUACCAUAGAAGCCUUGGGAAGAAAGAGAGACGAGAUUGAAAGAGAGAGGUCUGAAUUUGAUGGAGAGAGAAACAUGUUCAGGACAAGAAUGCAAAGAGAGAAAGAGGAACUUGAAAAACUGAAAACUCUUAUUCAGAAGGACAAGGAGGAAACUGAAGACUGUAAAGAGAGCCUGAAGAACGAGAAGAGUUGUAUUGAAAGUGACAGAGCUGAUCUAGACAGACAGAGGAGACUAGUAGAACUUGCACAACAAAAUAUACAACAUGAGAGAACUUUACUGCAACAGGAAAAAGCACUGACGCAGAAAGAGACAGAAGAUAUGGAGAACAGAACAAAGAGAAAAAAGAUUGAAUUAGAUGAGAUGGACUUCCAGCUUGAAGAGCGCAAAAAGGAGACGGGCAACAUCACUGAGCAGAUUAACAGAAAGCAAAAGGAGCUGAAGAUGCUGAACAAUAAAAUCAGUGAAAAGCAACAAGUCAUAGAACAUUAUAGACAAAUCCCAGUAAUGCUUGAGCAAGUUGAAGAAAAAGAGAGCCUCCUAUUACCUGAGGCAGGUAUAAGUUUUCCAAAGGAAGAAGCUGAGAUACUUGCAGAACAAGAAUAUCCUGAAGACAAAGAGAGGCCAUUGGAAACAAAAGGGAGAAAAUGGCUACAAGCAAUAAUCAAAACAGAUGCUCAAACACAAACUGAUAUGGAAGAUCUAGAGGAAAGCUUUGGCAGUGAAAAACUGAAAGCAGAGCAAGACAUAAUAGUUCGAGAAAAACAACAAGCCUCAAGUGAUCCAAGGCAAGUGGACUAUGAAGUUCCCCCACAGAGAGAAGAAAUAGAAAUGAUGAGGAAAUCGAUGAGGUCAGAAAUGGAAGAGCUAAACCAAAUGAAGACGGUUGUCAUGAAAGAGAGAGAUGAACUGACACAGGCAAAGGCUGACCUUGAAGUGAAGGUUGAGAAUCUUGAAAUGAUUCUGGAGGAAGCUAAGAAGGAGAAGGAGAGGGAUAAGGCUAUGCUAAUCCAGCUUAUGAAAGAGAAGGAGGAAUUAUUCCUUGCCAUUGCUGAGAAAGAUAAGGAGAUGGAGAAACUCCAUAUCACAUUGCAGAAAAUGUCAGAGGAACUGGAAAAGACAACAGCAGAAAUUGAAGAAGAGAAGAAGAAACUAGAGAUCGACAAGGGCUUCUUAAGGAAAGAGAGAGAUGAAUUUGAACAAAUGAGAGCUGGAGCACCAGUGAAGAAGGUAGAGAGGAUAAGAGAAAUAGAUGAACUUGAAGAACUGAAAGACAAAGCAGACAUGGAGCAAAAGGAAUCUAGCAAAGGUGUUCCAGAAAAGAAAAUGACAGAUGAGGAAGAGGUGCAAGCACUUGAGAAAGAAAAGGACAAAAGGACAAAAACGGCUAAUGCUGAGACACAAACUUCUGCAGGAGAACCAAGGCAACAAGAACUUUUCUAUGGCAUAGCAGAGCCCAUAAGAGAUGACCUCUUAAGAUCUGACUUAGAAAGACAGAGGGUUGAGCUUGAGAACAGGACAAAAGAAAUAAAAACAAGCAAACUAAGACUUGAAAAUGCAAAGGCCAUGUUGGAGAAAACAGAAUACGAAUGUAGUGCUGCUGAAAAAAGAAGGAAAGAGAUCAUUGAGAAUAUUCAAAUGAAAAGUAAUGAUCUGGAGCAGAUUAAGGCAGAGAGCCAGAAACAGAGAGAGGACAUGGAACAUUUAACACAACAGUGUCAAAGCAGAAGACUUGAACUGCAGCAAAUAGAAGCCAAUAUACAUCAAAAGGAGAGAAUGAGACGAGAGUUGACUGAAGUGAAAAUCGAAACACAGGGAAAAGAAGAAGGCAGAGAAAAAGAGAUCACAGUUAAACAAACAUACAAGGAGAAAGUAAAGGAUGUCUGUAUACAGUGUAAAAUGGAAAAACAAAUGGAGGAUGCAGAAACUAUCACAGAACUUGCAACUGAUGCUGAAGUCGUGGAGAAAAAGACAAGCAUGACUCAGACAUGUGAUACAGAUCUAUUAACUACUGAAGAUCAGACAUCUGACAGAAACCUUCUCACUUACAAAAGAGAGAUAGAAGAGAUGACUAGAACAAUAGAGGAUAUGAAAAAGGAGCUAGAGAAAAGAUUGCAUGACAUUCAGAGGAAGGAACUGGAGAGAGCCGGAAUACAGAAAGAGAAAAUCGAGCUGGAGCUGAAGAAAGCUGAAAUGGAAAGGUACAAUGAAGCGCUUCAUCGAGAGAGGGAGACAGACAAACAGAAAGUUAUGGAGAAGGAGAAAGAAAUCAUUCUGUUAAAGGAGUGUUUGCUGAUUGAGAUUGAACAGCUCAAGGGCAAGAGGCUAGACACAAGCACAGAAGAAUACCUGCGGAGGCUACAGCAACUCGUCAGCGAAACAGCGAUAAAAAUUGAAAGAUUCAGGCGGGUGACAGACAAAGCUGUACAAACAGUGACAGAGGAGCGCACAGGAGAAGAAGAGAGAGGGACAGAUCAGCAGGUAGAGGUUGUCAGAGUGUAUGAGUGGGCUGGACGAGAGGAGGCUGCCACCUCUGCUGUGCAUGUCCUGGCUGAAGCGGAGGAGGAGGGGGAGAGAACUGAACCACUGAGAGGAGAGCUGGCUGUGAGCAUGUCACGGAGAAGGUGGCUGCUGCGGUGGAUCAGGCGAUGCUGCUCCUGCUGCUGCCCGAGAGUGUCUGAAGAAGAAGAGCAGGACAUUCUGUAAUCUUUACUCAAGCAAGUGUGGCUCCUACAAACCAAGUGCACUCAAACCUGCGGACAUUUCACAAGCUUUAAAGCUAUUUACCAGUUACACAUUAUUAUUCUUGUGACAAUAUUUAGUUGGAGUCAAAAGAAAACCUCAUUUUUCUUGCUUCAUUCAAAAUACACUUCAGUUUUUUAAUUUUUGAAGUAGUUUUUUUUUUUUAAUGCUGUCCUUUCCAUUGUGUAAACAUUUCAUGACGAAUGGAGCAAUACAAAUUUUGAAUAGCAAACCUUUUUAAAUUGCAUUUACAGACAUUAAUAAUGUUUUUUUUCUUUCUAUAACGUUACCAUUUCUGAGACAUGUGGUUUUCUUAUGACUGUCAUGAUUUGCUAAAGAAACAAAGAAUCUUAAAUGCCAUUCAGCAGAUAAAUGAAUGUUAAAAUUAUUUGAGGAUGAGUGCGUAACAUUUUCAGGAACAUAUUUAAAUGAAAAAAAAUUACAUAUGCUAUAAUGGGAAAGUGACUACUAAUGUCCUACAAUUUAUAUUUUGUACAGAAUGUUUGCAAUCUUGAUUGUGUAAAAUUAACUAUAAUUGACCAUAAUUUAUACAUUUAAAUACAUAUUUGUGUUCUUUCCCCAGAAUUAUUUCUAUAGGACAAUCUGGAAGCUGGAUCAACACAUUUCAAAACUGUUUACAUUGAUUUCGAGCAAGCCAUUUGUACUAGCUUUUGUUAUUGUAUGUGUUUUUACAUUUGAAUUAUUCUGAGUCAAUCUUGACCAAAAUUGAAUGAUUUGACUGGAAAUCUUAAAUUGAAAAAUGAAUGAUCGCUUCCUUUGUUACAAGGUUCACGGUAUUAUGUGCGUCUGGCCCAGAUGGUGCCCCCACUGAAAAAACUGCACUGUUCUGCUGGGAUUAAGGCUCAGGCUAUGCUGAGGGUCACCAAGAAUUGGACAUGUUCUAAUUUGGGUGGAAGGACAGCAGGAUUUCUCUCCUAUGUUGCCUGAGACAUACCAGCCUGACUAUCAGAUCAUGCUGCAAAAUUAAGCAUUUAGCAUACUCAGAGCGUGUGCAGGUGUUUCACAAUGCUGUAUGGCUGGAAGUCAAGAAACAAUGAAAGGCUGCAUAGUCAUCGGAGGAUGCAUGUGCCAGCCUUCACCAUUCCAACCUGGUACUGUCUGGUGAUGGGGGGGGAAGAUCUCUGACUAUAAUUAAAUUGGGCUAAUAAAAACAUGACAAAAAUGACUCACCAAAAACUUGGGAACCAGCACAGCCCUGAGAACAUCACAAAUGGCCAAAAAGCACAUUGUGCAGCACUAAGCCGUGAGCAUAAAGGGAUGGUGCUGCAAAUGUACCUGAACAAAAAAGGGAGCUGUGUAAUAUUAUUUUUAAAAAUGAAAUUAAUACUGGGGAAGAAAUCAGAUGUGGAUUCAUGUAAUAACAUUUUAUACAAGAGGGAGUUUUAACACAUUUGUUUAAUAAUAAUAUCAAAAUAUAUAAUAUUAUCCAAUUGUUUUACCAAAAUAUUGUUAAUGUAUCCUGAUAAUCCCAAAAAUUGGAAUAAAUGCGAUUUUGAAUUCA